UUAUUAGUCGAAAAAUGAUUAUUUGAGCAAAUUAUGUGCCUAAAUUAAGCAUAAAAAUUGCUAAAUGAAGUAAAAUACAAACAUAAGGCAUUCAGAAGACACAUUCAAAGACAUUGUGAUGAUAUGUAGUAUUCUACACUGGUCCCUAGAUGUCAGUAAUGUUACAUUGAUGAGACAAUAGCCACCAUAGGGAGGACGAAGUGAAAAAACCCCAACAACAACAAGUAGGUCUCCCAAUUCUUUAUGUAUUGUUUUUUUCUAAUUAUGUCUACUAUAUUGGGUAAUAGGAGUGUAAAGGUGACUAUAGGGGUGUUAUUUCAUGUGUAGAGGGCUCUAAUAAUGUUAAAAAUGUAUUUAGAAGGUUGUAAACAGGUUUUCUGUUUCUUAUAUGUCUUAUUUUCACUUAUGACUAUCGGGGUGUUAUUUCAUGUUUAGAGGGCUGGGCUCUUAUAAUGUUAAAAAUGUAUUUAGAAGGUUGUAAAAAGGUUUUCUGUGCUCUAACUAUGAAAAUAUUCCAUUUAUAAGUAAGUAAUCUGCAGGAAUUCACGAUAAACGAGGGAUUAAUGUACUGUUCUUCAAAAAAAAGCAACAAGUGACAAAUAUAGCAAAGGGGCCUAUAGUGACUCUGACGUGAAAGCACCUUAUGGCCCAUACGUUAUGUGUACCUCCCCCAUCUAAAAACACUCACAGGCAGCUCAGUAUUGUUUGUGACAUUAAAAAAAGCGACACAAAGAAGCGACAGACGAAAUUCAUUUGUAAUUCUAAACAUAUUGCAAAUGCGUCAUGGCCAAUUAAGCAUAUUUGACGACCCAGCAGGGCCACGGAUGGAUUUUCCCCCCUGUGGGGAACUCUGACACAAGAAAUCCACACACCACAGUCAGGCGGAUUUCCAUCCCUCUCUUGUCUCCCGCUCUCACACACACCAGCCUCGUCUCAUCAUCGUCAUCAUCUUCCCCAGAGACGGGCGCCGUUUUGUCAUGGCGGCGUGACUUUGGCAUAUGUGCCAGUGUGUGUGUGCGUGUGUGCGUGUGUGUGUGUGUGUGUGAUUGGGUGCUUUUCCUCUCUUGCUCUCUCUCUCUCUCUCUCUCUUUCUCUCUCCUCUCUCUCUCUUUCACUGUGCGAUGCCAUUUCUACAGCAGGAAGCUGAGAGGUUCAAUAGGCUGUCGCUGCUCUACUGGACCAUCAUGGGCCCACACGGCAUCAGCCGAGCCGUCCACAGGCUGGAGUUCUGCGACUGUAAGCGCGGCCUCGGUGUGAAGGUGAUCGGAGGCUACAGGGAAGUGACAGGAGAGGACUUUGGCAUCUACAUAAAGAGAGUCGUAGCGGGAGGACUGGCCGCCCUCGACGGUCGGCUUAAGUCAGGUGACCUGAUUCUGGAUGUCAAUAACAUCAGUCUGAUCGGGGUCACCAAUGAGAGGGCGGUGGAGAUCCUGAGGACGGCGUCCCUGUCCAAUCACAUGUCUCUGCUGGUUGCCAGGGACAACGAGUCCAGGCGGGAGUUUGUGGAGCUGAUGGAGAAGUACGGCUCCAGUCCUUCUGCAUCUUCAGGCCGCAUCUCUCCAACUCCAGCAGGGAAGCCGAUGGACACCGCGGCCUCCUCUUCCUCCUCCUCCAGGUCUGAGAGCCCCCAGCUCCUUAGUCCCAAAGAGGGGGUCACCACCUACAGCCAAGCCCCCUCUUACACGCCCACACUGGCCUUCAGCGACAGCGUCAUCCAGUUGAUAUGCAUCGCUAAGGGAAGCGGACUGGGCCUCAUCAUCAAGGGCGGCGCCAACCGUGCCGAAGGCCCCAUGGUGUUCAUCCAGGAAAUAGUGGCAGGGGGAGACUGCCAGAAGGACGGCAGGCUGCAGGUUGGAGACCAGCUGGUGUCCAUCAACAAGGAGUCUCUCAUUGGAGUGACGUACGAGGAGGCCAGGAGCAUCCUCACACGCACCAGACUCAGACCAGAUCCCACGGUGGAAGUUGCCUUCAUCCGGCGGCGGACUUCCUCCAGCUCCAGCAGCGGACCUCACAGUCCCAUCUCCAUGCAGGGGUCUGCCGGCAGAGGGGGACCCCAGCCGAGGCACUUGGGCCUGGGAGCCGGGCCCCCGCCACCUGUCGUGGUCACCAAGAUCACCUCCAGCCGAAACCCGGCCAGCGAGACGCUCCCGGCGGUCAACGUCAGCCAGGUCCGAGUGUCUCCGGUCAGAACAGAACAGACGUGCAUUUCCUCCGCACCUGGGGCUGAUGGCGCCUGCGGCAAACGUUCCCUCAUCGCCAGCUGUCGUCUCAAAGUGGAGCGACUGGAGCAGGCUCUGGACCUGCUCGGCCUGGAGCCCACAGAAGCUCAGCGGCAGGCGUUCAGGUCCCGACUACAAGCAGACCCGUCCGGGACGGUGGCCUACACAGAUUUUGAGAGGCUCACCCGGGAGGUGUUCAGGCCUCAACUGGAGGAGCUGGCCGCCACCCAGCCGGGGUCAAAGUUCACAUCCGAUGACCUGUUAAGUCUGCUGGACUCGCCCACUCACCAGCCGCAGUCGCAGUCAGACUCAGACGACCUGGAUGAAAUGGAGCGUGUGAGGAAGGAGCACAUCGAUGCUCUGAGGGAGAUCAAGAGGCUGCAGGAACAGCUGCUGGAGUCUCAGAGGGUUCACCUUCAGAUGGAAGAGGAGCUUGUCAAAGUCAAACAGGACGCGAAAGUGGGGGCGGAGGAGUUGUGCGAUCUCAGGGCUCGCAUCCAGCUGGCCGAGGAGGCCCAGAAGCAGGCGCGAGGGAUGGAGAUGGACUACGAGGAGGUCAUCCACCUGCUGGAGGCUGAGAUCGCCGAGCUGAAGACCCAAAGAGCCGCAGAGACGCCUUCAGCCGCCAAGGAGGACGGCGAGCAGCUGAAGAAGAAAGUGGCCGUGCUGGAAUGUCAACUCAGAAAGAGCGACGCCGCCAGAAAAGCUUUUGAGGUGUCGGCGGAAAAGCUUCUGACUUUUGUAGAGAAUGUUCAAGAAUUCCUGCUGGAAGGACUUGGACCCACAAAGAGUUUCAGCUGUGGCGACGUCAAAGCGGGACCUCAAGGGCGGCACAAGAAGAACACCUGGACGGCAUCCUCGCUGCUCCAGGAGGCCAAGGAGCUGAGCAGAAGUGUGCGGGCCGUCAUGGAGGUGGAAAGUCUUCCUUACGGCUGGGAGGAGGCCUACACGGCAGACGGGGUCAAGUACUUCAUCAAUCACGUGACCCAGACGACCUCAUGGUGCUCACCGGGGACCAGCGCCGCCAUGACCGCGCCCUCACCCUCAGAGUUCUCCAACGGCCAGCUGGAGCGGGCAGCCGAGCAGCGGCCCGGACCCUCCAUCGAGACGGAGAUGUAGAAGGAAAUGGAGGUGGUUAUUGUUGCCAUGGAAACCAACUGUAAGACUGUUGUUUUGUUUUUUUAAGUGGCGCUCCAAACCUCUUAACUGCAAGGCCCUUUUUAGCCAAUCACAAGCCUGAAGAAAGCCACUCGUGGAAAAGACACAAUAACAACAAUAGCCAAAGUGUGUGUGUGCAAAAAGACAUUUAUUAUUGUCCUCGUGGACAUUUUGUUGUCUUCCUGCUGUUGUUGGUGAGACACACACUGAAUCCAUUAUGUUGAUCAUCUGGUUGGUAUAGAAAGCAAUAGAGCAUGAAAGCACGUUCGUCUGUUUUGUCCUCAGGUUUGUCCUGCCUAGUAACUAAAUAACUGGCUCAAGUAAUCAGAUUACUGCUGUGGCGAGAGGAGGUCAGUCUUCCUAGAAGUGUGUGUGUGUGUUAUAGCGAGCAUGCAUGGGCUGCAGAUGAAAGGAGCGCUACAAAUGCACUACAUGACACACUACAUGAUAUACUACAUGACACACUACAUGAGACUAUACGACACGCUAUAUGACAUGUUGCAUGACCUACUGUAUGAUACACUAGGUGACACACUACACAACAUGGCACGUUCCAUAACAACAUGACAUAUGACAUGACACCACAUGACACACUACAUGAGACUAUACGACACGCUAUAUGACAUGUUGCAUGACCUACUGUAUGAUACACUAGGUGACACACUACACAACAUGGCACGUUCCAUAACAACAUGACAUAUGACAUGACACCACAUGACACACUACAUGAGACUAUACGACACGCUAUAUGACAUGUUGCAUGACCUACUGUAUGAUACACUAGGUGACACACUACACAACAUGGCACAUUCCAUAACAACAUGACAUAUGACAUGACACCACAUGACACACUACAUGAGACUAUACGACACGCUAUAUGACAUGUUGCAUGACCUACUGUAUGAUACACUAGGUGACACACUACACAACAUGGCACGUUCCAUAAAAAUGAAAGACUACAUGACGUUGCAUGAGACCACACAAUACUUUACAUGACAUGUUAUGUGAUAACUACAUGACAUGUUGCACAGCACAUGACUGCAUUAUAUAUUAUAUUAUCAUCACACCACAUGACGCACUACAUGAGACUAUACUGUAUGACACACUAUAUGACCUGCUGCAUGACAUGUUGACACAUGACAUGAAGUUACAUGAUAUACAGUACAUGACACACUACACAACACACCGCAUGGCACUUUCUAUAACAACGUGAUACACUACAUGACAUGUUACAUGAGAAACUACACAACGUUUUACGUGACAUGGUGAUACACUACAUGACCUGUUACAUGACACUACAUUAUACACUACAAGACAUGUUAUACUACAUGAUAUACUACAUGGCACCGCAUGACACACUACAUGGCACUACAUGACAUACUAUAUGGUACACUACAUGACAUGUUACAUUACACACUACAUGACACACAACACUAUAUGGCACACUGCAUAACAUGAUACACUACACAACACACUACAUGGCAACAACAUGAUACACUACAUGACAUGUUUCACGACAAUGCAUGAUACAGUACACGAUACUACAUGACAUUUACAGGACAUGUUACAUGACAUACUCUAUGAUACACUACAUGACAAACUACACAACACACUACAUGGCACGUUACAUAAUAUGUUAGACUACAUGACAUGUUAACACGACACACUGCAUGAGACAGUACUUGAUACUACAUGACAUUUUACAUGACACACUGCAUACCAUGUUACAUAAUACAUUACGACACUAUGUGACAUGUUACAUGACACACUCCAUGGCAUGUUACAUGACGCACUACAUGAUACACUACCUGACACACUACAACAUGUUACAUGAUACACUACUUGACAUUUUACAUGACACACUAGGUGGCAUGUUACAUGACGCACUACAUGAUACACUACCUGACACACUACAACACAUUACAUGAUACACUACUUGACAUUUUACAUGACACACUACAUGACGCACUACAUGAGACAGUACUUGAUACUACAUGACAUUUUACAUGACACACUGCAUAACAUGUUACAUAAUACAUUACGACACUACGUGACAUGUUACAUGAUACACUACGUGACAUUUUACAUGACACACUCCAUGGCAUGUUACAUGACGCACUACAUGAUACACUACCUAACACACUACAACAUGUUACAUGAUACACUACUUGACAUUUUACAUGACACACGAGGUGGCAUGUUACAUGACGCACUACAUGAUACACUACCUGACACACUACAACACAUCACAUGAUACAAUACUUGACAUUUUACAUUACACACUACAUGAUGCACUACAUGAGACAGUACUUGAUACUACAUGACAUUUUACAUGACACACUGUAUAACAUGUUACAUAAUACAUUACGACACUACGUGACAUUUUACAUGACACACUACAUGGCAUGUUACAUGACGCACUACAUGAUACACUACCUGACACACUACAACAUGUUACAUGAUACACUACUUGACAUUUUACAUGACACACUCCAUGGCAUGUUACAUGACGCACUACAUGAUACACUACCUGACACACUACAACAUGUUACAUGAUACACUACUUGACAUUUUACAUGACACACUAGGUGGCAUGUUACAUGACGCACUACAUGAUACACUACCUGACACACUACAACACAUUACAUGAUACACUACUUGACAUUUUACAUGACACACUACAUGACGCACUACAUGAUACACUACCUGACACACUAAAACACGUUACAUGAUACACUCACUACUUGACAUUUUACAUGACACACUGCACUACAUGUUACAUAAUACAUUACGACACUACGUGACAUGUCACAUGAUACACGACUUGACAUUUUACAUGACACACUACAUGCCAUGUUGCAUGAUGCACUACAUGAUACACUACCUGACACACUACAUGACACGUUACAUGAUACACCACAUGACAUGUUACAUGACACACUAUACAACACACUACAUGACAUUACAUAAUACUACAUGGCACGAUACAUGAUACACUACAUGUUACAUUACAUAAUACUACAUGACACGCUACAUGAUACAUUACAUAAUACUACAUGACGCUGACAGGGCAGCUGCAGCGCUUUGUAGUGUGGUUUGAUGGCAGUGUAGUGUGUAUGGGUUGGUGCUUGUAAUUGAUUUACAUGAGCAAAGUGGGCCUGAAAUAGCACCAGUGCUGACUUGCUCGUGCCUCUUUGGACUCGACCGAGCCGUGCGAGAACAAAAACACUAAAGUGUUCUUCUUUCGAAUCCCUUGGAGUCCUGGUCCUGGUUCAGGUUGUGAUUCUGCUUUGCUCUGCCUUCGUCUGGCAGACUGUAAGGAUCUUGGAUCUUGGUCACCUGAACAGGUGUGCUGUUUGCGUGUGAAGGUGACGAAUCACGGAGUCACCAGGUGUGUCGCAGCCUUGUCCUACUUUUCACCCCUCACAAUGGUCACCCUACAACAUCCGCAUCCUAGCAACCGUUGCUAAGCACAUCUUGCAACUGGAUGAUUACAGAAUCAUAUUCAGAUUGAAACAUCAACUUUACUCCUUCCUUCUCUCCUUGUCUCGCUUCCCUCUUCUUUCCUUACAUGCUUCCUUACACGCCUCCUCCCUCCCUUCCUUCCUUACUUCCUUCUCCACUUGGAUGUGUUUUUCCCUCCGUGUGGAGCACAUGAGCUUCAACGUGACUGCGUGUGUGUGUGCUGGGGAGGUUGGGGGGGGCAUGUUGGCCCUGGCUUCUGAUUGGUUAAAAGUAGGUCAAGCCGGUCCACUCAUGUGACCCAGCAUUCCUCUGUGGGCGUGUGUGUUUGUGUGUGUGUGUGUGUGUGUGUGUGUGUGUGUGUGUGUGUGUGUAUGUGUUGAUGAUGAUACCGUGAAAGUCACUAAAGUUACCGAUUACGAUCUUUAGGACUAUUUUCCGCAUUUCAAAGGUCAUCUUUCAAUGAGAAACAGGCCAAAUGUCAAGAAAGCGAAAUUCAAAAGUCUGAAAAGUUGGUCUUUUGAAGUAAUUUCCUCUGAAAGCACAAUAUAAUCCAUAAAUGAGGCGAAAACGUCUAUUUGACUGAGUGUUUUUUAAUAUGUUAGUGUCAUUUAUGAAAUUCUAAUUGAAUAAACAUUUUCAGUUUAAUUUACAUGACACUUGUUUCAUCAUA